AUGCACGCAGCUCCGCGCGCCUCGCCGUGCUCAGCUCAGUCUUGAAGCAGCAGAAGAUUUGUCUGUAAACAGAGACGCGGUGCUGUUGGUCUCGAUGCGAAACGCAGGCUUUUAGGAGACGCAGUGAAAGGUCCUCAUAUUGCAACUAUGUGUGGACGGAGCAGGACGGCCUUUCUGUGUCUGUGGGCUUGCUUGCUCGCCGCCAACAGCGUGCUGGGUGGGAAGAGCUCUGGGCAGAACGGCAUGACAGAUGAACAGAAAGAUAACACUACAGUGUUCACCAAGAUCUUAGACAGCCUUCUGGAUGGCUAUGACAACCGCCUCAGGCCAGGACUGGGAGAGCGUGUAACUGAAGUCAAGACUGACAUUUUCGUGACUAGUAUUGGGCCAGUUUCGGACCACGACAUGGAGUACACCAUCGAUGUCUUCUUCAGACAGAGCUGGAAGGACGAAAGGUUAAAGUUCAAAGGUCCCAUGGCCGUGCUGCGUCUCAACAACCUCAUGGCCAGCAAGAUCUGGACCCCCGAUACCUUCUUCCACAACGGCAAGAAGUCCGUGGCCCACAACAUGACCAUGCCCAACAAGCUGCUGCGGAUCACAGAGGAAGGCACCCUGCUGUACACCAUGAGGCUCACAGUACGAGCAGAGUGUCCCAUGCACCUGGAAGACUUCCCUAUGGAUGCUCAUGCCUGUCCGCUCAAGUUCGGCAGCUACGCCUACACCCGAGCAGAGGUGGUGUACGUGUGGACCCGAGGAGCUGCCCAGUCUGUGGUGGUGGCGGAGGAUGGGUCCAGGUUAAACCAGUACGAUCUGAUGGGGCAGAGUGUGGACUCUGGUGUGGUGCAGUCCAGCACAGGAGAGUAUGUUGUGAUGACAACCCACUUCCACCUGAAGCGGAAAAUUGGUUACUUUGUGAUCCAGACGUAUCUCCCCUGCAUCAUGACAGUUAUCCUCUCCCAAGUGUCGUUCUGGCUCAACAGAGAGUCCGUCCCUGCCAGGACUGUGUUUGCUUCCUCUCGCCCGCUGCAGCAGCAAUGAUGCCCUCCUUCACCUCGUCAUUCAUCACCCUCCAUCUCUAAUUUACUUCCUCCAAACUUCCUGACUCCACCAUCUUUCUCUAU